AUGCGUGCCGUCCAAAUCACCGAAUACGUCAAAGGCCCCAUGGACCUAAAAGUAACCGAAGUCCCAACCCCAACCCCGCCAGCCGACAAAUACCUCAUCGAGAUCCACUCCGCGGGCACAAACUUCUUCGACAUCCUCCAAAUCCAAGGCAAAUACCAACACCAACCGCCCCUCCCAUGGAUCGGCGGCGCCGAGUUUGCAGGCACAAUCACUGCAACCCCCAGCACGCCCAACCCGCGCUUCAAAGUCGGUGACCGCGUCUUCGGCGCAACACAGGGCGCCUACGCUACGCACGUCCUAGCCGCUGAACAGACCCUGCUCCCCGUGCCGCAGGGAUGGAGCUUCGAAGAUGCGGCUGGGUUGUUCGUUACCGCGCCCACCUCUUACGGUGGCCUUGUUACCCGUGCUGGGGUUAAGGCUGGUGAUUGGGUUCUUGUGCAUGCUGCUGCGGGUGGAGUGGGGCUUGCUGCUGUGCAGAUUGCUAAGGCUAUGGGGGCGACUGUUAUUGCUACUGCUGGGACGGAGAGGAAAAGGGAGGUUGCCAAGGAGUUCGGGGCGGAUUAUGUGGUUGAUUAUGGGGAUAAGAAUUGGCCUGAGAUUGUCAAGAAGCUGUGUAAGGAGAAGAGGACGGGAAAUGGUGCUGCUGGAGUGGAUAUCGUUUAUGAUCCCGUUGGGAUGAUUGAGGCGAGUUUGAAGUGUGUUGCGUGGAAUGCGCGGUUGCUGGUUAUUGGGUUUGCGGCUGGCAAGAUUGAGAAGGUUGCGUUGAAUCGGGUGCUGCUUAAGAAUGUGAGUAUUGUCGGCUUGCAUUGGGGGCAAUAUGCGAAGUUUGAGACGGAGACUGUUGGGGAGGUUUGGGGCGGGAUCUUUGAUCUUGUUCGUCAGGGCAAAUUUAAGGGUACGGCGUUCAAGGAUGAGAACUUUGUUGGUUUGGAGAGUGUGCCUCGGGCUUUGAAGGCCCUUGGUGGCAGAGAGACUUGGGGCAAGGUGGUUGUGAAUGUCAUUGGAGAGGCGAAGAGUAAGCUGUGA